AUGCAAGAAGUCAUCCGAAAGCUCGCCCGCCUCGGCAACGCCACAUACGAAGCUAGCAAGAGCUACGAUAACUCUUUUAGUUUUCACGCUGUGGAGCUACUGCGUGAAGCAGCUGGAUAUCCCUUAUGGCGAAAGCAUGUGGUCAAUCCCAAGGCCGAGAAGACACCAGAGGAGAAGCAGGAGCUUGAGGAAAAGCGCAGAAAAAAAGAAGAAAAGAAGAAAAAGAAGCAGGGAUCAGAGCAAGCAGAGUUGGUCGAGGAAGAGGAGCGACCUGUGACGAGAAGCAAAGGAAUGCAGCCACCACGAACACCCGAGCCACGCGAUACGUCCCCCGAUGAUAUCCAAAUGUGUCGUAUGACUCCCAGCAAGCACGGAAACAACUGGCAAUCAACAUGGCACAUAAUCGCGGAGAAGUUGUCGCCAGAGACAAAAAAGAAUCUUCUGAAGGUUCUUACCCGUACAUUCUCGCAUGUCGGAGCCAACGAUGCUCUUGAUAUGGCUGAGAGUAUCAUUGAUGACCAUAUCAAUAUGGAUUUGGUCAAAUCAGUGGCAUCAGACAGCCAAAUCAGGCAGUCGGACUCACCAGCAACGACAACUGUGUUACGGUGCAAAACCCUGUGGGAGGAGGAGAAGCCCAAGCUACUCCUUAAGGCUCAACACCUUCACAACUAUCUGCUCUUGGCGACAGAGUUCAAGAACCUGCAAACUCAAGCGCUAUCGCCGGAUACUCCAUCCGGCUAG